UUUACCUUCCCCACCUCUUGGCCUUGCUCCUCCUCCUCCUCCAUCACCCACAACUCCUCCUGGUCCUCUCGUGCGCCCUUGCACAUCUCACAAGACAAACAUGACUGCACGCGGAGGGCAAAAAGCUGGUACAUACAUCCUUCAGCAAACGGGGGCGGGAGGGGAGCGGCGGCGGUGUUGUGGCGGGCGGGACGCGGGAGAAAGAGGUAGUAGGUAGGUAGGUGGGUAGCAUCGGGCCCCGCAGGAACCCAGAACGCUCAGUGCUCUCUCGGCCGUGGUGGGAGUAGGACUGUUGAAGUGAGCUCCCCGCGUCGUCCUUCACUGGCACCUCGUUCCCCAUAGCGUGAUGGCAGGCUAAUGUCGCCCCCCCAGUGCGUGUCGGUGGAUUAAUGCAGGGUGGCCGUGAGUGGCGGUAACGCUGGCCGUCACCUGGUGCUCUCAGGAUGAGUACACUGGGGCGAGGUGUGUCCAGACCCUUCUGAGCGGCGAGUGACAGUAUUGACAAGCCUGGCGAGCGAGCGGCGGCAGCGACAGAGCGUCCCCCGUCUCCUCCCUGCUGAGUUUUCCCCUACGGCCCCCGGCGACGAAGAACACAUCCAGCAAACCCACCGGUACCUCUGCUCUUCUCUCCCUUCCUCAGCCUUUCCGUGCCUCCGCUGCGGCCUCGCCUGCGGCCCGUGAAGCAAGGAACAUGAGAGUGGGGUUUUUAAACUUGCACCUUAAAAUAGUAAGACCCAAAAGAGUGGUGUGCUUAUCGUAGAAAUCGUAAAUGUAAAGUGAAAAGAGAAUAAAUAAAGUUUAAAGGGAAUUUUGUGAAAGAGCAAGAAAAUCGCGAGUGGUAAGUAGUGUUUGGCGAGGAGACAGUGUAGCAACAAACACGUGCGGUGUGGAGAGUGCGGCACGAAUCACUGGAAAAGAGUAAAGCAGACGUUUGUAGGAUAUCGAGGAGAGAAAGAAAAUAAAGAGAGAUGAGAGAAAGUUUCGCCACUCGUGAAUGCCACUCGAGUGAGCGUCUUUGAUUUGACGAGAUUUGCUCACCACCAAAGCUUCUCCCGAAUACCAAGUACUUAAUUAGCUUUUUCUCCUCUCUUUCCACUCGUUCUCUUUCCCUUCUUUUUUUUCCUUUCUCACUCACUCUCUUGCUCUCUGACUCUCUUUCUGCCUUCUCCCUCCGUCCUCCGCCGCGGGAAUGAAGUGCUGAGCGACUCGUGGAAAUAAAGACCCACUUGGAAAAGUCUCUGAUUCAGCCAAAACUUUCUACCUACGACGCAGGGAAGCAAAGACCGACCUCGUGUCUCAAACGGAACAGAGCACCAGCCUUCUAUAGCAAGCCAAGUGUUCAUCAGCCUUGAGCGCACGGCACGAAACACUAGGCCACUAAGAGUCAAGGCCAGGCGGGCGAUCGGCGGGGCUUGACAGGUGGUAAUGUGAGUCGCUGCGCUCCAAUGUAACCUGAGGACACUGUGAUCACUGAGACGCCACCCCCUCCUGCAGCCACGCCCUCAGGAGAAAAAGGAUAGAGGGAGAGAGGGGGAGUUUCUUGGACCAUCACCAGGAGCCACGCGUCAGAAAGAAUCCCUGGGACAUUCUUCACUUCUUCACUCGUCGCCGCCCGUCACCGCCUCCCCAGCCAUGAAGGUCCGCGUCCUGCUGCUGCUCCUGGGUCUGCUAGCUGGCGGUCACGUGCGUCCCUGCGCUUCAGCAGACGGCGCCGUGGACUCCCUGCCCCGCUUUCUGUCGCCCAUCGAGAACGUGACGGUGUCGGUGGGGCGUGACGCGCGGCUCUCCUGCGUGGUGGAGAACCUGGACAACUAUAAGGUGGCGUGGAUUUACAAAGGCACGGGCGGUCGCACAGUGCUCACCGUGGCCACGCAAGUCAUCACCAAGAACCCUCGCAUCUCAGCGGCGCAGGAAGCCCAGGCGUGGGUGCUGACGGUCACCAAGCUCACCAGGAAGGACCAGGGCGUGUACAUGUGCCAAGUGAACACGAAGCCCGUCAGGAAGCAGCUGGGCUUUAUCCGCGUCGUGGUUCCCCCGACGAUAGACGACAUGACGAGCAGCAAGGACGAGACCACGGUGGAGGGCGGCAACGUGGCGUUCACCUGCGCUGCGAGGGGAGACCCACAGCCCGUCAUUCGUUGGAUCAGGGAGGACGGCCGCAAGUUUACUGUCAACUCGAUGUCAGCAGUAGAGGAGCACCUAGGCAGGAAACUCACGCUGCACGCCGUCCAGAGAAACAGCAGUGGCGCCUACCUGUGCAUCGCCUCCAACGGGUUUCCGCCCUCCGUCAGCAAGCGGAUCAUGCUGUCCGUUAAUUUCCCGCCGCAAAUGGUCCUGGACGGAGGGCGUGAAGCUACAGUGAUCGGCGUGGUGAUGGAGGGCGAAGUGCAGCUGAGGUGUAGGUUCAUGGUGCGGCCCUUCGGCAAGGUGUCGUGGUACCUGGGGCCACGUGGACGCCGCCUCGCAGAUCCCGGCUCCGUCCACACCACCAUUGACGAGCCUGAGUCAGGGCUGUGGACCUCCGUGCUGUCCGUCAGGGUGCGGCGGGCGCAGGACCUGGGCCAGUACCGGUGUGUGGUGAGCAACUCCCUCGGCGUGGAGGAGAUGACUUUCUAUCUCCAGGAGAUCACCACCACCACUACCACCACAACCACCACCACCACUACUACUACCACCAGCACCACCACCACUAGCACCACCACCACCGCACCCGCACGGCUGCCUCCUUCAAUGGCUUCCACCACUGGACCACUCAACCAAGACUCCUCUCGCCAAGGAUGGUGGAAGAUUUGGGAGAAGACAACCACAUCCCCACUCGCCUCGGAGGACUUGCCGGGGCGGGAGUACAACGACAUCCUAAGAGGGGAAGGCGCCAGCGCAGGAGUUGGAGGCGGAGGAGGAGGCGCCGACGACAAGCAGCGCAAAAACCCUCUUAGAUACUUCGACCUGCCCACCUCGGCCGCCCCUCCAGCAGGCCGCUCCUCCCCUUCCCCGGCGGCGCUGGAGCUGCUGUACUCGGAGCUUCUCGUUUGCACCCUCGCCCUAAUCUUCGUUCUGGGCACGUCCUAAGAGCACACACACACACACACACACACACACACACACACACACACUUGAACUGCUCCUCCUCUCCUUUCUUUUUUCUCCGCCAUCUAAAUUCCAAAAACUUACUUAGCACUUGAUAGCAUCCUGCAGCUCUUCUUUUUUUCUUCUUCCCAUCAGCCUCUUUCCCUCCCUCCCUUCCUUCCUCCAUUAUUCUCCAGGCAGUAUGGGACCCUUCUUCUCUUGCCCUCUUUCUUCUUUGCUCCAUCUCGUCUAGACAGAGCAAGGCUGAUGAUCCCUCUGCGAUGAGAGGCGUGCACUCAUCCACUGGAUCUCCCAAAAAGGAUCUGUUCGCCUUCACACGGAAAGUCUGUGAAUCUAUGUGAGAUCUUUCGUAGCCCUGACUGACUGUGAGGAUUGGGAUAUGUUACUCUCUCUCUCUCUCUCUCUCUCUCUCUCUCUCUCUCUCUCUCUCUCUCUCUCUCUCUCUCUCUCUUAAAAGUUCUCGCUCAAUGGAACCCGAAGCAAAAACGCGCGGGAUUCACUCGAUCACACUCAGCCGGUUCCUCAGCAAACACCACUUCCCUCUCAUACACCAAUACACGCACACAAUGGUUAACACGGAUUAGUCUGUCCGUAACUUGUCCUAAGUAUGGAGAAGCUUGUUUUGGCGUGAGAGCAAAAAAUAUACAUAUAUAUAAUUUUUCUUUUUUUUUUAUGUAGUAUACCAGAAAUUCACGCCUCCUCGGCAAAGAAUUCCGAGUGACGACGAAGUUGAAUGUAAAUAAGUAACUUUCUUCUUCCUUUUUCUUCUCCUCCUCCUCCUUUUCCUCCUCCUCCUCCUCCUCCUCCUCCUCCUCCUCCUCGAUCUUGACAAAGGGACAAAGCCGGGCCAGUGACGUAACUCGGCCAAGGAAGAGAAGGUUGAUGUACAUACGAGUAUACAGUAUAUUCUAAGCUCCCUGUUGCAAGAUGAGCCGUCUGCAGCGGUUGCCAAAGCUCACUGGUGUACAUAGUAGCGGCGUGAACGGCUUCGUGGUGCUGCAGCGUGCGGUAGAUAGAGUGUUCCGCGUCAUACAUAUCACUUUGAAGCGGUGGUGUCCGGUGGGUGGCCGCGGCUUGCUCUGCUCCCUCCUCCAUCCAUCCCUGAGUUCCCUCCCUCCUCUCCCUCCCUCUCCCCGCCUCCACCCACGCGCCUCACUCCGUGCUAGCUGACCAAGAUUCAUAGUCCAUCCAGUUAGUGUUGUUAUAUUUCUAAAUUUGUACGAGAGUGGGUUGGCUGGUACGUACGCGCUAAGGUAAAAAACGACGGCCACACCUGUCACGGGGAUGCAACGGCGUGUGGUGGGCGCUGCGGCCCUACCAUGUGAGGCCUGGAGGUCGCCGCUGCCUGACGCAUGACAUGACAGCAUAUACCCUCGCGUCUGCCUGACAUUGGUUUAUUUGUGCUUUUGUAUGUGUGUGUGUGUGUGUGUGUGUGUGUGUGUGUCCAAGCCACCACACUCGCGCGAACUAAGGUCAAACGCAGUGAUUCUGGAGACUUUCUUACCUCGCACGUGACAUGGCAGAGUUUGGAGUCACAGCCUGUAAGUGACAUCGGCAAUGUUUAUUUGGCUGUUUUAUGGAUAUAAAUAAAUAUAUAACUUGCAAUUACGCGAGUCCUAAUAUUCGAUCUCUUUGAUAUUAUUUUUUUUUGUCAUAUCUAAAUCCAUUACUGAUUAAAUUCUAAACAAGGCUUUAAUCUGGAUAAAACAGUGAGAGGCAGAUGUACGUACAUGUAAAUAUUGCACACAACGGUGCCAGGAAUCGUAACCUGGAGCACUUGACGCCACGCCCCAGUGUUGCCGAGCCAUCCAGAGUGGUCAUCAGUGACAGGAAGUCCACGUCAGGAGCCUUGCCCUUUGUUGUUCAUGUGGUUUAAACAAUAUUCUGAUUCCUCUGUCAUUGCUGCAGAAUAAUGUUGCGUACUGUUUAUGAAUGCUUCGCUUCCUCAAAUAUCUGAUAUUUUGUGAAGCAAAUAUUUGAAAAAUUAAUAUACUCUGAUGAUUCUGAAAGAAUAAUAUUAAUGUGAGAUUGGUCAGUAAGGAAUAAUCUUUAGAUCUUAAAUCAUUGCUAAAAAGAAAUCAAAAGCAUGCAUAUGCACUGUUAGAUAAUAAUUUAGUUUAUAAAUAAUAUACAGUAAUUAGUUAAUUAUUUCACAGUACGAUAAAAUUUCUAAUGGAAAUGUUGAGAAGAAAUCGCGUGACUGGUGACUCCUUAGUGUUCUGACAAUGCUCGCCCAAAAAUCUAUUCUUUCUCUUUCAGACGAAAUACGUGAAGUUCUAUAAAUUAUAUGUUACUUGUUUAAAAUUGCCUUCGUUCCCCUGGACGAGACAUGUUCCCUCCGCGGUGUUCAGCAUCAGUCAUUCUUAUGCGUGUCAUUAUUAACAGUAAAUAGUAAUGACACUUCCGUCGGGGCUUCUUUCCAUUGUAGGUGUAUAAAGUUAAUCACCGACAAGCAGUAAUAUAGAUGAUCCCAGGAACUAAACGGAAAACACUAAAAAAUCUUACACUAUACUGAUAUGGAAUUCUGAGUCUUACUUCACCUUUAGUUCUCUCAUUCCCUCGUGGCCUUGAGAGGCGUCAUCUCGCAGAGCACUGGGAAUGCGACCUCUUCCAAAUAUUUCCGAUCAGAAUUUCAGUUUCAUGGUGUUGGUAUUUGAUGAUGCUGGCGGCUGAUCACCGAGGAGGGAUAAUGCAUCACACUACAGAUGAAAUAAGUAAAGCUAAAGUUUGCAUUUCAAGCAGUAAUUACUUACCCUAUGUAGCAAAGGAAUACGAAUCUGGAAUUUUUGUGUCAGUCAGUGAGCAGCAAAGCGGGAGGGGCAGCAGAUGACCCUCGAUAAAGUAAUUAAUAUAGAAUGUAGCAUCUCACAACCUGUGCCUGUACUCCUCACCCAGUACAGGUGUUCAUAACGCCAGUAAACCAUGCGAGUGGUAAAUCAAAACCCUUCAGUAACUUGAAAUUCUCAACAUCACAAAGGUUUCGAGACACGCACCGCUACUCAAGUGCGAGUGUGUAUUUCUUGUCACCAUAGAUGUGGAUGAUGUAAUACCGAAUGCAGAAUACAGACUGUUUACCUCGACCGCUACUUAACAGGUGUGGGAGGUGCCAGUUGUGUAAAAAAAAAAAAUAGUUACUUUAUUGAAUCACUUAUUCGUCUAAAGUAAAAAACGUUAAGAUCGAUAAAGAUUGAUGUGAAAUAUGAAGAAAACACAAGAAUAUAUCGAAUCGAAUAAAGUGACUGGCAUUUACGUGUCGUGUCGUUCUGACAGACUGCAUUCUUUAUGAGGAGGUUAACGUGAGGCGAGCUGAAAAUAGACAGCUUCGUGUGGUGAGCAGAGGCGCUGGCUGACGAAAAGCGUGUGACGAUAUUUGUUUACCUGAAAACAAUUUACCGUUUAUCUGCAAUACUAAUGGUUGCAAUACUUAAUACAUUACUUUGGCUGGGGAACUUAAAUGCUAAAUACAUGACUUUUAAUACUUCAUUUCCUGAAGACAAAAUCACUGAACGUCGUAUGCGUACUAUUACAACGUGAGGAGAUCCGGACAGAUAAACAGUUCAUUGUGCAGGCAGCGGUGAACACAAAGUACCAGCUACGAAGCAAGACUAUUUUCUUAUCCCUUUCCUUCGUCAGGUUUAGUUCUGGUUGAGUUGUGUGUCUCCUGCCGUGGGUGUCAGGCGCUCAAGACAACCCGCAGAAGGGGAUUCCAGAAGGGGACAGCGCGGCGGCGUCGGAAAAGAGAGACCCGUAAAGGUGUGCCGCGUUUGUGUUCAAUAUUGUCGCCUCGGUUACUCCUUAUCUAACUGACUAUUAUAGCUACCACGUGGAAGAUUUAUCGUAUUCAUAUACAUAAUAUAUACACGAGUAUAUAUGAUAUUCCUAGACUGUUGUAUAUAUGUGUGUCCUCAUCGUAGUGUGUAUACUAUUUAUCUAAGUGUCACCUCGACCCAAAGACUAGUGAAGGUCCUGUACUACCCAGGGACCUGCACGGGAGAGGGAGGCAUGGGGACGGUCCUCAUACACACACACACACACACACACACACACACACCAUAAGAGCCUCGUAAUCCUUCACGUUCAGGAUUCAUUAUUAUAAGGUGGCCGCAGGAGACAAAGAAUGGGUGACCUUCCUCCUGUUCCUUAGUGGCGGCGGCGGCGGUAGCAGUAGUGCCUGACGGGGGAGUUAUGACCGCCAUUACCGUCGCCUCCCAGGACGGCCGCCAUAAGCCAUUACCGGCCCCGCGUUGCCCCCACAUCGAUAAUUCCCAUAAUUCCCCACAUCGCUGCUGUUAAAAUGUCUCCCUGAUUCCCCCCUCUCCCCUCAGCACUUGUUAUACUGAAGAGCUGUUGUUUAUUUGUUUGCCCGAGCCGUGUGUGAAUGUCUGGCAGCGCGGUGAGACUCCCUGGUCAUUCCCCAAACACACACACACAAACACACGGAGACAGGCCGCCCCCUCGCCCAUUCCUCAGUGGGUGUUUGCGAUGUAGCUUAAGAGUAUUUCCUAGAUUUGCACAUAGUUGCGUGUAUGCACAUUGCACAUUAUUUUAUCUAAUAAACAAAACGUGCAAUGACGGUAUGUA